AUGGCCUACUUCGAUGAGAAAGCGAAGGAAGAUCCAGAUUUCUUCUACAGGAUAAUAUUGGACGAUGAGGACCGUGUCAGGAAUAUGUAUUGGGUGGAUGGUGCUGCAAGAAGAGCCUACAAACAUUUCCGAGAUUGCAUUUCAUUCGACGCGACAUAUCUCACUAAUAUGUACAAGAUGCCAUGCGCUCCAUUCAUAGGAAUAAAUAACCACAAUCAGUCGUUGCAGUUCGGAUGCGGGCUCGUUCGGAACGAAGACACGGAUGGGUACGUUUGGCUGUUCAAGACCUUCUUGGAGUGCAUGGGUGGACUUGCUCCGAUGAACAUAAUAACAUACCAGGAUUUUAGCAUGCGUGCAGGCAUAGAGGAGGUCUUUCCGUUGGCAGUGCACAGGCACUGCAGGUGGCACAUUAUAAAGAAGGCUGAGGAGACGCUAGGACCGUUCUUUGUUGACCGUCCAGACCUGCACAAGGCAUUCGAGCUGUGCGUGGACCACAGCUUGACGGUGGAGGAGUUUGAAAGGAGCUGGAUGGCUAUGAUUGAAACAUAUGAAGUCCAAAACCACAAGACGCUUGCUAGCUUGUGGGAGAAGCGAAUGUACUGGGUGCCGACCUACUUCAUGCAGUGCUUCUUCCCGUUUCUGCAGACUACACAGCGCAGUGAGGGGUUCAAUGCUGUUUUGAAGCGAUUCCAGGAAGAAAUAAAGCGUGCCAGCAUGUACACGGCUUUCCAAGUGGACGAACAUACAUUCAAGGUGUGUUCUAUCAUGGGCAUGUCGGAUUCAGAACCUAAAGAUCCAAACAAGGGAAGGAACUACUUUGUGAAGGCAUCGAUAAGCGAAGGCGAAUACUACUGCCAAUGCUGCAAAUUCGAACAGGACGGGAUUGUGUGCUGUCACAUUCUAAAAGUAAUGGACUUGAACACGGUGACACGAAUGCCCCGCCAUUUCAUAAGGCGGCGAUGGACUUGGGACGCUGACGACGCAUUGGCGCUGCAAACAUCAAACGCAGUUUUGCCCGUGCAUGACGAGAGACCAGAGUCAACCAUGGAAGCCAUGAGGCACGUUGUGUUGACAAAGAACUAUGCUGAACUAAUUGAUGAAGCGUGCAAGAGUGAUGAGACAGCAAAGGUCGCAGAAAAACACAGGAAGGCCCUCAAAAGAGAGCUUGAUGAGAUCAAGAAGAGGAAAGCUGAGGAAGCCUUACACAGGUUCCCCCGCACAGCAAGUGUGCCUUCGUUCACAGGGCCAUCAUCUGAAAACUCGGAGGUAGGAUCUGGAACAGCAAGCACACAAACACAUGUUAGGAACCCGCCCCGUUCCAUCACAAAAGGGCGUCCAAAAGAGAUAAGAUACAAAUCGGAAUUGGAGAUUCAAGCAAAACAUAAGAAACCAAAGAAAGGGACGGGCAAUCCAUAA